CCGCCGCUUCCGGCCGGGGGACUGAGCACCGUGGAUGAAGGCGACUCUGUCGACGGGCCUGAGUACGAAGAAGAGGAGGUGGCCAUCCCACUGAACGCGCCCCCCACUAACCAAUGGUAUCAUGGAAAACUAGACAGAACAAUUGCAGAAGAACGUCUUCGACAGGCAGGAAAACCUGGAAGUUACCUUAUUCGAGAGAGUGAUCGAAGGCCUGGAUCAUUUGUGCUUUCAUUUCUGAGCAAAACCAAUGUUGUUAAUCACUUUAGGAUUAUUGCAAUGUGUGGCGAUUAUUACAUUGGUGGGCGACGAUUUUCUUCACUUUCUGACCUAAUAGGGUAUUACAGCCAUGUAUCUUGUUUGCUUAAAGGGGAAAAAUUAUUGUUUCCUGUAGCACCUCCAGAGCCAGUAGAGGACCGCAGGAGAGUCCGAGCCAUUCUGCCAUAUACUAAAGUGCCAGAAACUGAUGAAAUAAGUUUCCUUAAAGGAGACAUGUUUAUUGUCCACAAUGAAUUAGAAGAUGGAUGGAUGUGGGUUACAAACUUACGUACAGAUGAACAAGGCCUUAUUGUAGAAGACUUAGUAGAGGAAGUGGGAAGAGAGGAAGAUCCACAUGAAGGCAAAAUAUGGUUCCAUGGAAAGAUUUCAAAACAAGAGGCUUAUAGUUUGCUGAUGACAGUUGGUCAAGUAUCAAGUUUUCUUGUGAGACCUUCUGAUAACACACCUGGGGAUUACUCUCUCUACUUUCGAACCAGUGAAAAUAUUCAGCGUUUCAAAAUAUGCCCAACACCAAACAAUCAGUUUAUGAUGGGGGGCAGAUAUUAUAACAGUAUUGCAGACAUCAUAGAUCACUACAGAAAAGAACAGAUUGUGGAAGGCUAUUAUCUUAAAGAUCCUGUUCCAAUGCAGCAUCAAGGGCAAGUGCUUAACGAUGUUGUAGAUGGAAAAGAAAUUUACAAUACAAUUCGGCGAAAAACUAAAGAUGCAUUCUAUAAAAAUAUUGUUAAAAAAGGAUACCUUCUGAAAAAAAGUAAAGGAAAGCGGUGGAAGAACUUGUACUUUAUUUUAGAGGGAAAUGAUGCUCAACUUAUUUAUUUUGAAAGUGAAAAGCGAGCCACUAAACCCAAAGGAUUGAUAGAUCUUAGUGUAUGUUCUGUCUAUGGUGUACAUGAUAGUCUGUUUGGCAGGCCAAACUGUUUUCAGAUAGUAGUUCAGCACUUUAGUGAAGAGCAUUACAUCUUUUACUUUGCAGGAGAAACUCCAGAACAAGCACAGGACUGGAUGAAAGUUUUGCAAACAUUUUGCAAUUUACGAAAAACAAGUUCAGGAACAUCUAAUAAGCGCCUGCGUCAGGUCAGCAGUCUUAUACUGCAUGUUGAAGAAGCCCAUACACUUCCAGCAAAGCAUUUUACUAAUCCUUACUGUAAUAUAUACCUGAACUGUGUACAGGUAGCAAAAACCCAUGUACGAGAAGGUCAGAACCCUGUGUGGUCAGAGGAGUUUGUGUUUGAUGAUCUUUCUUCUGAUAUCAACAGGUUUGAAAUAAGUCUUAGUAACAAAACAAAGAAGAGUAAAGAUCCAGAUAUAUUAUUUAUGCGAUGCCAGUUGAACCGACUCCAGAAAGGACAGGCAACAGAUGAAUGGUUUCAGCUCAGUUCACAUGUACCUCUGAAAGGUAUUGAACCAGGCUCUUUGCGUGUCCGAGCACGAUAUUCUAUGGAGAAAAUAAUGCCUGAAGAAGAAUACAGUGAAUUUAAAGAGUUGGUACUGCAAAAAGAGUUGCAUGUGGUCUAUGCCUUAUCCCAUGUGUGUGGACAAGAUCGAACAUUGCUGGCUAGCAUUUUACUGAAAAUUUUUCUCCAUGAAAAACUGGAAGCUUUAUUAUUGCGAACUCUAAAUGACAGAGAAAUAUGCAUGGAAGAUGAAGCCACUACCUUAUUCCGUGCCACCACACUGGCAAGUACACUUAUGGAGCAGUAUAUGAAAGCUACAGCUACACGGUUCGUGCAUCAUGCUCUAAAGGACUCUAUUUUAAAGAUAAUGGAGAGUAAACAAUCUUGUGAGCUGAAUCCUUCAAAAUUAGAAAAAAAUGAAGACGUAAAUACUAACUUAACACAUCUAUUAAGUAUCCUUUCAGAGCUAGUGGAAAAAAUAUUCAUGGCUGCAGAAAUACUACCUCCGACACUGAGGUAUAUUUAUGGUUGUUUACAAAAAUCUGUUCAGAGCAAGUGGCCAGCCAACACAACCAUGAGGACAAGAGUGGUUAGUGGCUUUGUUUUCCUUCGGCUGAUCUGCCCUGCCAUUCUAAAUCCAAGGAUGUUUAAUAUCAUCUCAGAUUCUCCUUCUCCAACUGCAGCAAGAACACUGACGCUGGUCGCCAAGUCUGUGCAGAAUUUGGCAAAUCUCGUUGAGUUUGGAGCUAAGGAGCCUUAUAUGGAAGGUGUAAAUCCAUUUAUCAAGAGUAACAAACACAGGAUGAUCAUGUUUUUGGAUGAACUUGGGAACGUACCUGAGCUUCCAGACACUACAGAGCCCUCUAGAACUGACUUAUCACGUGAUCUAGCAGCCCUCCAUGAGAUCUGUGUGGCACAUUCAGAUGAACUUCGAACACUCAGUAAUGAGCGAGGGGCAAUGCAGCAUGUGCUAAAGAAGUUGCUGGCAAUUACAGAACUGCUUCAACAAAAGCAGAAUCAGUAUUCAGUGUCUAACAACAUUAGGUAGCAGCUUUCUGCAUGAGGUAGCAUGACCAAUAUGACAACUUUCACCAAUAUCACUUCCUCUUGCUCUUGCCAAAAAUAGCACACGUUUCACGUUUCCAGUGAUGUGUGAACUAUGCAAAAAACAACAAACCUGUUGGUGACUGACUGUACCAGCAGCUUUAAGCUAUCUGUGCAGGACACUUGCACUUUUGGAACCAAUUUUCAGAACCUCUGAGCCUUGGUGUACAAAUCACCUUCCACAAAGAAAAUGCUGUGACUGUCUCUUUGAACUUUAAUGUUAUUUCAAACCUCCAGUUGCCAAAGUCUAGCUGUCUUUCAGAAAACAUACUUAUAGUCAACUGCCAAUAAGUUGUUUAACAGCAAAGUAUAACUGGAUAGAACACCUUUUACUGUAAUUCACCUGGUUACUGUAACCAUAUUACAAUUGUUCAACCACUUUGUACUUACAGCUUCCAGAGUUUGAGAGGAAAUCUUUGCUGUACAAUUUUUAUACCAUUCUAUUUUGCUUGUUCAGAGUUGUGCUGAAAGAAGAUGCAGACUGGGUUUUGUCACCUUUAUUUUUUUUUAAUGUGCCAUUUAUCAUUUUGAGUAAUUUUUCCAUCAAUGACUGUAUCCAGAUAAAUUGCAAUGCUUUUUGUAAAAUGUUUACAAUGGUAAAUUUGAAUUCAGUAAAUUUAUUGAUAAUUGUAUCAGGCAUGCAUGUAUUCAUUAAACAAUUUUAUAGCAUAAAAUUCAAUUUUUCUGGCUAAUAAUUCAGAAUUUAGUGAUAUAUGUGCAUGUAUAUGUUUGUGUGUACAUUCAUAAGUGUUGAUUGAAAAAAUUUUUUUUUCACAUUUAAGGGUAAUAAUCCAUGCUUUUCCAUUAGUCAGUCUUUUAUGGAAAAGUAAAAGAAGGCUGAACUAGGACUUUUCUUUUUUGGAAAGGCUAUUCCUACCUACCAUGGAGCUGCUAAAAACACCAUUAUUGAAAGGGAAUAAUGAUGCAGACUCCUCUCCUGUCACCUGGAAGUAGGUUUGUGACCUAUCACAAAGGCUAAGGAUGAAUAGGUGGCCGUUUUGAAGUCCUCUACAUACCAUGCUGCCAUUGCUGGCUCCAAAAAUAUGCUGUGAUCCAUUGCAUUACUGAAUUUUGAAGUCUCUAUUCUUCCUGCAAAUGAGUUACAAAUAAAGCAAAGGACACACUAAAUGUACAUUGAAAUAGUGAACAUCUACUCUGAAAAUAAGUUACAGUUCCAGAGGGCUGAAGCAGGGCAGGCUUUAAUGUCUGAAUGUAACUAUAAGUUUGAAUCCAUUUCAAAACAGUUCUUACAAAACGAAAUUGUGAAAAUCUUUGAAUUUAAGUUUAAAUUUUGAAUGAACAAAAGUAUUGAUGAGGUGAGUGGCUAUUUCUUUCCCAUUUGUGUGCGUGUCUGUGUGUGUCUUUUCUGUCUAAACAUUUAAGUCAUCUUGCAACAUAAACUACCUCACAUCUUUAAUCAUAAUACAUAAAGGAAAA